CUCUCUCUCUAUCUCACUCUCCCCUUUCCUUCUCCUCAUAGGUCUUAAUUUCAGUCUUCUGGGGAACCUAGAGACCAGAGAUUGUCCCGGGGGCUUCAUAGCCAAAGGGAGAACACUGUGUGUUGAUAUAGAUGAGUGUAAAGAGAGGGACAGUAACCCACCCUGUGGAAGUAAAGCUGCAUGUUACAACACACAGGGGAGCUUCUACUGUCAAUGUCUACCUGGGUUCACAUCCACAAUGACUUCCCAGGUUACUGCUCUCACUGGGGAGUGUAAGGACCUCGAUGAGUGUCAGGGGAAACUACAGGUUUGUACCAGCAACGCCAUUUGCCUCAACACCAUCGGGAGCUUCAACUGCCAAUGCCAACCUGGUUUCAGAUUCUCUGCUUAUGCUGGGCACUGUGAAGACAUCAAUGAGUGUAGCGACAGCAACAGCUAUGAAUGCCCCGUUAUCAGCUACUGUACAAACACCAUGAUAUUAUUCUAUGUAAGUUGUGUCAAUGUGAUUAUGUGUAUUUACAUAUUCAUGUAGAGGAAACAGUAGCAGCCGAGUGAGAGGCUCAGGUCUCAGUU